AUGACGUCCAAGAUCGCUACUCAAGGGGCGCCCACAACGCUGGAGGAGCUCAAGAUCCUGCUUCAGGAUGAUAACAAGGUCAAGGUAGCAGUUGAUGGGGUCUUGCGAGGCAAGUUCAUGUCAAAGGACAAAUUCCUCAGCGCAGCGUCUUCAUCUGGGUUCGGGUUCUGUAGCGUCAUUUUCGGAUGGGAUAUCCACGAUACUGUCUACUCGCGUGAACUACUCAUCUCCAACAAGCAGAAUGGAUAUCGCGAUAUCCUCGCGUCCAUAGAUCUGGCUACCUACCGUCGUUUACCUUGGGAAGAUAACGUCCCCUUUUUCUUAGUUUCUUUCUUGGACCCGGACACACUGGAGCCUCUGUGCGCCGACCCGAGAGGCGUCAUCAAGAAAGCAUCUGAUGUUGCCUCGAAGAAAUACCAGCUGACCUGUAGCGCCGGUGUCGAGUAUGAGUACUAUAAUUUCAAAGAAACUGCAGAGUCUGCGUCAGAGAAGAAGUUCUCCAACUUGCAGCCACUUACUCCUGGGAUGCACGGAUACUCACUGCUGCGAACACAGUUGAACAACGACUACUUCCAUGGUCUUUUCAACGAAAGUCUUAAGCUUGGCAUUGAGAUUGAAGGACACCAUACCGAGACUGGACCCGGAGUCCUAGAGACAGCCCUCGCAUAUACCGACGCUGUGCGUAUGGCAGAUAACGCAAUUCUCUACAAAUACGUCGCAAAGAGCAUGGGGAUGAAGUUCGGAAUCCUACCUAGUUUUAUGGCAAAGCCUUGGGGAAAUCUUCCCGGUUGCAGCGGACACAUACAUGUAUCGCUGAAGGAUCUCGACGGAAUCAAUAUUUUCUCCGUGCCUGAACUACGCGGUGGGCGUGCUGGGGCGGCGAACGAUGACACGAGAUAUCUGAGCGAAAAAGGGGAACAAUUCCUUGCGGGAGUAUUGGAAGGGUUGCCAGAUGUGAUGCCCAUGCUGGUCCCUACUAUCAAUGGGUAUAAGCGUCUUUCUGGGGGAGAGGCUUUUUGGGCUCCCAACGCCGUGACCUAUGGCUACGACUCACGCGCAGCUUCCGUCCGUAUCAUCUCGCCACCCUCUGUUCCACCUGCAGCCACUCGCUUUGAGAUCCGUGUGCCUGGUGCGGACAUGAAUCCGUAUUUCGCGCUGGGUGUGACAUUUCUUCUCGGUCUGAGGGGGAUGGAGAAGCAGCUCAAGCUCUCCAUCCCCCCGAUAAGUGCUUAUCAAAGCAAUCCGGCACUCAGAGAUCAAGUCACAAUGCUGCCUCCUUCUUUAAAGGCGGCUACAGAGCGAAUGAUGCACCCCAACAGUGUAGCCCGAGAAGUGCUUGGGAACGAAUUUGUCGAGCACUUCGGUGGCACCAGACAGCACGAAGUCAAGUUGUGGAAUCAAGCCGUCACUAGCUGGGAAGUUGAGAGAUAUCUGGAACUAGUCUGA